AUGGACGCGGUGCUGCGCAGCGGCCGCCGCUUCCCCUCGCGGCUGCUGAGGGCGGCGGGCUUGGCCCGGCGCAGCUCCGCGGGCACGGCCAUGCAGCGGCCCGAGGGCGGCGGCGGCUGGCUGGGCGCGCUGCGCUUCGACAACCUGGCGCUGCGCUCGCUGCCCGUGGACGCCUCGGAGGAGGGCGGCCCGCGGACCGUGCCCGGCGCCUGCUUCGCUCGGGUGCGGCCGAGCCCGCUGCAGAACCCGCGGCUCGUGGCCAUGUCGCUGCCGGCGCUGGCGCUGCUGGGGCUGGAGGCGCCUGCGGCCGACCCGGCGGCGGCGGAGGCCGAGGCCGCGCUGUUCUUCAGCGGGAACCGGGUGCUGGCGGGCGCGGAGCCUGCGGCGCACUGCUACUGCGGCCACCAGUUCGGCAGCUUCGCGGGGCAGCUGGGCGACGGCGCCGCCAUGUACCUGGGAGAGGUGCUGGGCCCGGGGGGCGAGCGCUGGGAGAUCCAGCUCAAAGGCGCCGGCAUCACCCCCUUUUCCCGGCAAGCUGAUGGUCGGAAAGUCCUGCGGUCGAGCAUCCGGGAGUUCCUGUGCAGCGAGGCCAUGUUCCACCUGGGCAUACCAACAACUCGGGCUGGCACAUGCGUCACGUCCGACUCCAAAGUCGUCCGUGACAUAUUUUAUGAUGGGAAUCCAAAAAAUGAAAGGUGUACAGUUGUUCUGAGAAUAGCCUCUACGUUUAUAAGAUUUGGCUCUUUCGAAAUUUUUAAACCUCCUGAUGAAUACACUGGACGCAAGGGCCCCAGCGUUGACAGAAAUGAUAUUCGAAUACAGAUGCUUGAUUAUGUGAUCAGCACUUUCUACCCAGAAAUCCAGGAGGCUUAUUCAGACAACACUACUCAGAGGAAUGCUGCCUUCUUCAGAGAGCUAACCAAACGGACAGCGAGGUUGGUUGCUGACUGGCAGUGUGUGGGGUUUUGCCAUGGUGUGCUGAAUACAGACAACAUGAGUAUAGUUGGACUAACCAUUGACUAUGGCCCUUUUGGGUUUAUGGACAGGUAUGACCCUGAGCAUGUUUGCAAUGGUUCUGAUAAUACAGGGCGCUAUGCUUACAACAAACAGCCAGAGGUUUGCAAGUGGAACCUGGGGAAACUUGCUGAAGCUUUAGUUCCAGAGCUGCCCUUGGAAAUAAGCCAACUUAUCCUGGAAGAGGAAUAUGAUGCAGAAUUUGAGAAGCACUAUUUGCAGAAGAUGAGGAAAAAACUAGGCCUAAUCCAACUGGAAUUAGAAGAAGAUAGUAAGCUGGUGUCUGAACUGCUUGAAACCAUGCAUGUCACAGCUGGAGACUUCACAAAUAUUUUUUACUUGCUGAGUUCAUUCUCAGUAGACAUUGAUCCUUCAAAAUUUGAAGAUUUCUUAGAGGAGCUUACAAGUCAGUGUGCUUCUGUGGAAGAACUGAAAGUUGCCUUGAAACCACAGAUGGAUCCAAGACAGCUGUCAAUGAUGCUGAUGUUGGCUCAGUCUAAUCCACAGCUGUUUGCAUUAAUUGGGACAAAAGCUAAUAUAAAUAAAGAACUGGAACGCAUUGAACAAUUCUCUAAACUGCAGCAGUUAACAGCAGAUGAUUUACGUAGCAGAAAUAAAAAACACUGGAAGGAAUGGCUGGAGAAAUACAGAGUCCGUUUGCAAAAAGAAAUAGAAAGCGUUGGUAAUGCUGAUGCCUGGAACACUGAUCAUGUGAAGGUCAUGAAUUCAAACAAUCCAAAAUAUAUCUUGAGAAAUUAUAUUGCCCAGAAUGCCAUAGAAGCAGCCGAAAAUGGGGAUUUCUCAGAGGUAAGAAACGUACUGAAACUUUUAGAACAUCCAUUCCAAGAAGCAGAAGGUUUCCAGGAGGUAAAGGAAGGUGCAGAAGAGGAGGGAGCAACUGCUCCAGCAGCUGUUUGUGCUCAAGAGACCGGAAGCAGACAAUCAUACUGCAGCAAACCUCCACUCUGGGCUGCAGAGCUCUGCGUUACAUGAUCUUCGUAACUGCCUUGUUUUGUUUUUUGCUGUAGACUGAAGACUCUGAUCCUCCUUCAGCAGUGAAGAAUUCAGCAAGGCAAACAUCAAAGUGCUAUUAAGUUAUUGAAACAACACUGCAUUUGGAUGCAUCUGCAGCAGUCUUCAGCUGUGCUUAAUUUGAAGCAAUUGUGGAUCAUUGGAACAAACCAGUAACAAUCAACAGCCCAUAUACAUCAGUAAUCUAAAUGUUUAGAGACCAAAGUCUUUCCUUUAUCCUCACUACAUUGCAAGUAAAAAGCAGUAUUUUAUGUCGAGGCAGGCUGAACUUCAAACAUCCAAAUGGAGUUGUUGCUAUGUGAAGACAGAAAUAGCAAGUCAGGAAUCUGAUCUGUUUUUGUCUGAUGUCUUAACUAAUAGUACUUCUAAUAUUUAUUUACUGCUUUCUCUAUGCAGGAACUUCCAGUCCUCUUUAAUGGAGGAACAGAUGCAGUGUUGCUUGUUUGAAGCUAUGUUUCAUUUAAUUAAGUAGUUCAUUUCUUGUGAGCCUUUAGAUUGUAUUUAAUCAUUACCUAUUUUCAGAGAAUUUGUGCAGGCUAGAAUUUGGGGGGAACAUUUGAAUUUUUUUAAGAGCACAAUUAAGGGAGAUUAUAUACAUUUGCACUUGAAAACUUGGUGAAGUUUAUUCAGGUUCAGUAUGUUUGCACACAAUGCACAUAAAUAUCUACUAAACUCAGGAGUGCAGUUUGUAAGCCAGUUGCCUCGGGCAGGAUCUAUAUGCCAAAUUAGUGUGAGCCUUAAACUACCCCAGAACUCAAAUCCAGGUUUUUGUUGUACAUUGAUUUCUGUGCUCCUGACAGAGUCUGCCUGUUCGAGAAGUGUGCAGGUGAGGUACCUGCUCAUCACACUAGUCAGUGGGGUUCUUCCAUUCCUUCUCUAGUCUUACACCAUUUAGUUUGCUUCCAUGGUCUUUGAAAAUCUUUACGCUGGAAGUUUGCCAUUUAGGAACAUGCUAUUUGAGCUUGGGUAAAAGAUUAUGGAGGAUGUGGGAGGAGAAGAGGAGCUAACUUGCUUGCAAGUUACUUAGGGAUAAUGUUUCAGGGGAAGGUUGGUUGUCAUUAUUGUCACAUCAUCAAAAGAAAGUUGUUCUGUAGUUAGUUGUUACUUAACUUUCUGAACUUCUUUUUGAAGGCCUGUGUUACUAGUUCGGACACCUGAAAAGUUUGGUUUAAUGCAAAGGCUUCUCUUUUCCAAAGAGACCAGUCUCUCACUGUGAUUUACAUGUCCUCAAGGAAAUUCUUCUGCUA